GGAAGCAAAUGCAGUGUAAAUGUUUACAUCCAAACCAUUAAGAUAGCCUUUUUAUGUUAUCAUCACAUGAUGUACAUUUAUUGCCGAUGAUCCAGCUGUUGUGGUUUUCUGCAAAGAAGACGUACCGACCACGUGAAAUAGAACGAAAUCGACUUACCAUCUAGAUAGAUUUCUGCCAGACUAAGGAGAGUCAGAAAGUCUAAAAAUACUAAAGAAUCCGGUAUUAGGAUUUCCAGCAGUGUCCAGAUGGUGUGGGUGUUCAUCAUGAACCGAAUGGGGUCUCAGGGCAGUACGGUUGCCCAGCGGAGACGCAUGGCCCUGGGGGUGAUUAUCCUCUUGCUGGUGGACGUCAUUUGGGUGGCCUCCUCUGAGCUCACCUCAUACAUAUUCAAGCGGCAAGAGUACAACAAGCCCUUCUUUAGCACUUUCACCAAGACCUCCAUGUUUGUGCUGUACUUGUUGGGAUUCCUGCUGUGGCGGCCCUGGAGGCAGCAAUGCACGGGGACUCUCGGAGGGAGACAUGCAGCCUUUUUUGCUGACGCUGAGGCCUACUUUACCCCCUGUAUCAAUGAUAACAGUCUGAAUGACAAUACCCUAAGUGAACCCCUGUACGUUCCGGUGAAGUUUCAGGACCUUCCCACAGAACAAACAAACUGUACAAAUGCAGACUGUGAUUCCACCUCAAAAAAGCAGCGGGUGCGCUUCAGCAACAUCAUGGAGGUACGCCAGCUCCCGUCCACGCAGGCCCUGGAGGCCAAGCUGUCGCGUAUGUCUUACCCAGCCGCCAAGGACCACGAGUCCGUGCUCCGCACAGUGGGAAAGCUCACCGUCACCGAUGUGGCCAAAAUCAGCUUCUUCUUCUGCUUUGUGUGGUUCCUAGCCAACCUGUCCUAUCAAGAAGCCCUGUCUGACACACAGGUUGCCAUAGUGAACAUUCUGUCCUCCACUUCUGGGCUCUUUACCCUCAUCUUGGCAUCGAUAUUUCCCAGCAACAGCAGCGACCGCUUUACUCUGUCCAAGCUGUUAGCUGUGGCUCUGAGCAUGGGAGGAGUGGCUCUGGUCAGUUUCUCUAGCAUGGACAGCCCAGACGGGAAAGGCGCUAUAGGAUCUCUGUGGUCGUUGGCUGGUGCUGCGUUGUAUGCCGUCUACAUUGUCAUGAUCAAAAGGAAGGUGGACCGAGAGGACAAGCUGGACAUCCCCAUGUUCUUUGGCUUUGUGGGCUUGUUCAACCUGCUCCUUUUGUGGCCAGGGUUCCUUGUGCUUCACUACACCGGCUUUGAGGCCUUUGAGUUGCCCAGUAAGCUAGUGUGGACCUACAUCCUCAUCAACGGCCUCAUUGGUACCGUGCUCUCAGAGUUCCUCUGGCUCUGGGGCUGCUUUCUCACUUCUUCCCUAAUAGGCACUCUGGCCCUCAGUCUCACCAUUCCACUGUCCAUCAUAGCAGACAUGUGCAUGCAAAAGGUCCGUUUCUCCUGGCUGUUUUUUGCCGGUGCAGUUCCUGUUUUCCUGUCAUUCUUCAUCGCUGCUCUGUUAUGCCACUACAACAACUGGGACCCGGCCAUGGUGGGCAUACGAAGAGUGUUCGCCUUCUUUUGCCGCUCAAAACAUCGACUUCAGAGAUUGCCACAAGACGGUGAACAGUGUGAAAGCCUUAUUCCCUUACACACUGUCUCGCAUGAUAAUCAAGGCUUCUGCUCAUGAUCCUCUAGACAAUCAGAAGAUGGCGAAUUAUGGUGCAGAGAGGUAUGCCGAAGAUGAAGUAACAAUCUGGAAGCGACCAAACUGAGAACUUGAACUUCCCCCUGUGCCUCUUCUUCAACCAAUGUAUUCUCUGCAGUGUGGAGCUGACUUACCCAUCUCAACAAGAUGAACACUUUUUACUUUGUACAGUAGUGUUUGUGACUUUCUGUCAAGAUUUUGUGUUUUUUGCUAUAUUGGAUGUUGUUGUGUGACAAAAAAAACUUGAUGGUGCCGUUUUCUAUUAAGGUUCACAGUGCAAUGUGAAGAUCUGAUAAUCGGACAGAGAUUUGAAACAGUGAA